AUGGGGAAUUACAAAUCGAGGCCAACUCAGACAUGCACGGAUGAGUGGAAGAAGAAGGUUAGUGAGUCAUACGCUGUGAUAACAGAGAGGCUGGAGGAUGAUCUGCGACUCAAAGAGGGUGAAAUGAUGGAACUCAAACAUGUUUUCAGCUCUGAUGAAGCGUUCAAUAAAGUGAACCUGAACUAUCGAACAGAGAAUGGACUGUCCCUUCUUCAUAUCUGCUGCAUAUGUGGAGGAAAUAAAGGCCAUAUCAGGACACUCAUGCUGAGAGGCCUGCGCCCGUCGAGACUGACCCGGAAUGGCUUUACAGCUCUACACCUUGCUGCUUAUAAGGAUAGUGCAGAGUUGGUAACAGCACUGCUUCACGGAGGAGCAGACAUCCAGCAGGUCGGGUACGGCGCCCUCACUGCCCUGCACAUAGCCACUGUCGCUGGGCAUCAUGAGGCAGUGGAUAUCCUUCUUCAACAUGGAGCAUAUGUCAAUGUUCAGGACGCUGUGUUCUUCACACCACUGCAUAUUGCCGCAUAUUAUGGUCAUGAGCAGGUGUGUAAGCUGCUACUGAAGUUCGGGGCAGACGCGAACGUUAGUGGUGAAGUGGGUGACCGACCACUCCACCUGGCAGCAGCUAAAGGUUUCCUGGGAAUUGUCAAAUUGCUAAUGGAGGAGGGGAGCAAGACAGAUGUGAAUGCUCAGGACAAUGAGGACCACGUUCCCCUUCACUUCUGUGCACGGUUUGGUCACCAAGAGGUUGUCCGCUUCCUGCUGCAGGGCGGCUUUGAGGUGCUGCCUCAUUCUGUCAACAUUUAUGGGGACACACCCCUGCAUCUUGCAUGCUACAAUGGGAAAUUUGAAGUAGUGAAGGAGAUGGUCCAGCUCACAGGCACAGAGAGUUUGUCCAAGGAGAACAUCUUCAGUGAGACUGCAUUUCACAGCGCUUGCACUUAUGGCAAGAACCUGGAGAUGGUUAAAUUCCUGCUCAAUCAGAACGCUGUGAGCAUCAAUCACCAAGGCCGUGACGGGCAUACAGGUCUGCACAGUGCCUGUUUCCACGGACACAUCCGCCUAGUCCAGUUCCUUUUGGACAAUGGGGCAGAUAUGAACUUGGUCGCAUCUGACCCAAGCCGUUCCAGUGGAGAGAAGGAUGAGCAGACAUGUCUUAUGUGGGCCUAUGAAAAAGGUCAUGAUGCUAUCGUCACCCUUCUGAAACACUAUAAAAGGCCCCAGGAUGACUCACCCUGCAAUGAGUAUUCCCAACCAGGAGGGGAUGGGUCCUAUGUUUCUGUCCCAUCUCCCCUGGGAAAGAUUAAAAGCAUGACAAAAGAAAAGGCUGAUGUGCUUCUGUUGAGAGCAAGUCUCCCAUCCAAUUUUCACCUACAGCUCUCUGAAUUGGAAUUCAAUGAGAUUAUUGGAUCAGGUUCCUUUGGGAAAGUCUACAAAGGACGAUGUCGCAACAAAAUUGUUGCGAUCAAGCGUUACCGCGCUAACACAUACUGCUCCAAAUCCGACACCGACAUGUUCUGCCGUGAGGUGUCCAUCCUCUGCCGUUUAAACCACCCCUGUGUGAUCCAGUUUGUGGGCGCUUGUCUGGACGACCCCAGUCAGUUUGCCAUAGUUACACAGUAUGUGUCUGGAGGAUCCUUAUUCUCACUGCUCCAUGAGCAAAAGAGGAUCAUCGACCUCCAGUCUAAGCUCAUCAUAGCUAUUGAUGUGGCCAAGGGAAUGGAGUAUCUACACAAUCUUACGCAGCCCAUCAUCCACCGAGACCUCAACAGUCACAACAUUCUGCUCUAUGAGGAUGGACAUGCUGUAGUGGCAGAUUUUGGAGAGUCCAGAUUUCUAUUGUCAAUGGAUGAGGACAAUAUGACCAAACAACCUGGGAACCUGCGUUGGAUGGCUCCAGAGGUGUUCACUCAGUGCACGCGUUACACUGUCAAGGCCGACAUGUUCAGCUAUGCCCUCUGUCUGUGGGAACUGCUCACUGGAGAGAUCCCAUUCGCCCACCUGAAGCCUGCAGCUGCAGCUGCAGACAUGGCCUAUCACCAUAUUCGGCCACCCAUUGGAUAUUCCAUCCCCAAGCCGCUCUCUGCUCUUCUCAUGAGAGGCUGGAACGUUAGCCCAGAGGAGAGGCCCGAGUUCUCAGAGGUGGUAGCAAAACUUGAGGAGUGUCUGUGUAACGUGGAGUUGAUGUCCCCCGCCUCCAGUAACAGCAGCGGCUCGUUGUCCCCCUCGUCCUCGUCUGACUGUCUGGUGGCGCGAGGCGGGCCUGGCCGUAGCCACGUGGCUGCCCUCCGCUCUCGUUUUGAGCUGGAAUACGCUCUCAACGCACGCGCCUACGCAUUCUGGACUCAGAGCUCGGGUCGACGAUCAUCUCAAGGUCUGUCUUUGGAUGAGCUUCGAAAGAACUUGCAGUUCCCUCCUAUAGACAGAAAUGGAUACGUCUCAGAUCCCAUGAGCACCAUGCGUUUCCACUCUUGCAGCAGUAACGGAAGCUUUGAGGAUAGCAAUUAG